CAUCUCCGAACGUCUGUGUAUCGGUUGCGGUAUCUGUCCCAAGAAAUGUCCUUUCGGCGCGAUCCACAUCAUCAACUUGCCGACCAACCUGGAAACCCAGGUCACCCACCGUUAUUCCGCCAACAGCUUCAAGCUUCACCGUCUCCCGAUGCCUCGUCCCGGUCAGGUUCUCGGUCUGGUUGGAACAAACGGUAUCGGAAAAAGUACUGCGUUGAAGAUUCUCAGUGGCAAAUUGAAGCCCAACCUUGGACGCUUCGACAACCCCCCGGACUGGGAGGAAAUCUUGAAGUACUUCCGUGGUUCCGAACUGCAGAACUACUUCACCAAGGUCCUGGAAGAUGACCUGAAGGCUGUCGUGAAGCCUCAGUAUGUCGACCAGAUCCCGAGGGCAGUGAAGGGUCCUGUCAAGAACGUUGGCGAGCUUAUCAAAGCCCGCUCCCAAUUGGACAACAUGGAGCACAUCCUCGAGAGCCUCGAGCUGAAGCAAGUCCGGGACCGUGAUAUCGACCAUCUUUCCGGAGGAGAACUUCAGCGUUUCGCGAUCGGUUUGGUUUGUGUUCAGAAGGCUGAUGUUUACAUGUUCGAUGAGCCGUCUUCCUACCUCGAUGUCAAGCAGCGUCUGGCCGCCGCCCGUGCCAUCCGAGAGCUUCUGCGACCCGACGACUACGUCAUCGUUGUUGAGCACGAUUUGUCCGUCCUUGACUAUCUCUCCGAUUUCGUCUGUGUGCUUUACGGAAAGCCCGCUCUUUAUGGUGUUGUUACGCUGCCUGCUUCUGUUCGUGAAGGUAUCAACAUCUUCCUGGAUGGUCACAUUCCCACGGAGAACCUUCGAUUCCGUGAUGAGUCUCUCACUUUCCGUCUUAGCGAAGCUGGCGAUGAUUUCAUGGCCGACAAGGGCCGUGCUUUCGCCUAUCCUAGCAUGGAGAAGACUAUGGGUAACUUCCACCUGAAGAUUGACUCCGGUCGAUUCACGGACUCUGAGAUCGUGGUCAUGAUGGGAGAGAACGGAACCGGAAAGACCACCUUCUGUAAGAUGCUUGCUGGUGCCGAGAAGCCCGACAACGGCAUGUCGGUCCCUCGCAUGAACAUCAGCAUGAAGCCCCAGAAGAUCACUCCCAAGUUCCAGGGUACUGUUCGCCAAUUGUUCUUCAAGCGUAUCAAGGCUGCUUUCCUGUCGCCGCAGUUCCAGACCGAUGUUUACAAGCCCCUCCGCAUUGACGACUUCAUUGACCAGGAGGUUCAGAACUUGUCUGGUGGUGAAUUGCAGCGUGUUGCCAUUGUCUUGGCCCUUGGUAUCCCUGCCGACAUCUACCUUAUCGACGAGCCUAGUGCCUACCUUGACUCCGAACAACGUAUCAUUGCCGCGAGAGUCAUCAAACGUUUCAUCAUGCACUCCAAGAAGACCGCCUUCAUCGUCGAGCACGAUUUCAUCAUGGCUACCUAUCUCGCCGACCGAGUGAUUGUCUUCGACGGCCAGCCGUCCGUUGAUGCCCACGCCAACGCUCCCGAAUCCCUGGUGACGGGUUGCAACAGUUUCCUGAGGAACUUGGAUGUCACCUUCCGUCGGGAUCCCAACAGUUACCGCCCUCGUAUCAACAAGUACGAGAGUCAAAUGGACCAGGAACAGAAGUUGAGCGGCAACUAUUUCUUCCUGGAAGAGGAGAGUUGAAAAGGUUGUUCCUGGAAAGCAUGACCGCGAUCGUCACAGGCGCGAUGAUCGCGACUCCCACCGCCGGCGAUAUAAACGUCGCGGGGAAUG